UUCGCAAGAUUCAAAAUUUAUAUAAAUCAAUAUAAACAUAAAUAAUGCAAUAAUUUCGAAUAAUAAAAUAACGAACUUAAUUCAAAUUAGUCAGUGUCUGAAAUAUUGGAUGAUAAUCUAUUCUAUAUCUAGUCUGUGAUAAUAAAAAAUUAUAAUAUUUACACAAUUUAAUAUAUGUGGUAAUAAGUUAUCAGAAUGAAGAUAUGAACUUAAAUUUAUUAUAAUAAAUAAAUUAAAAUUAAUUUUAAAAAUUAAUAAAUACUUAUACACUAUGGCUUCAGCUUCAAGUACAAGUGCUCGAAGUUUAUUUGUUGAAUCAAAAAUGAGAUUAGCUGAUAGAGUACAAGUUAAUGUGAACAAUAUUGCAUCUCUUGCCAGACAAAUACAAAGAGGUUCAAAAAGUAGCGAAAUAAUAAUGCAUAGUGCAAAAAAUUUUGCACAGCAAGAACAUGGUGUAGAGAUUGCAGAAGCUAAUUUAAAAAAAAUUGCUCUUAUAACUACUCAUUUAGAAUAUCAAAUGGAAUCUAUUAACAAAAGUUUUAUAACUUUGGAAGAAGUUACCGAACAAGUACGUGCUAUGCAAAGAUAAAUUGUAAUAAAUAUUUACCAUAUUUUCAUUUAUAAUAUAUAUUUAAUGAUAUAUUUUGUAUUUUUGUAUUAUAUUAUUAUUAUUAUUAAUAUAUUAUAUUAUUAAUAUGUUUUAAUUAUGUAUAGUAUUUUAUUAUUAUUACUAAUGAAACAAAUUAAUCUGAAAUUUAGCUUAUAUAAUUGUAUAUAUAUUUUAUAAUUAUUGUUUAUCAAAUAUAUAAAUAAGAUUAUUAUAUAAUUUGUAUAAUAGAGUUCAAUUUUAUGAAUAUUUGUAUAGUAAUGUAAAAUAUUGUUUACUUAACAUUUAUUUUUAAUUUAUAACUUAUUUAAUCAAAUUUAAUCAACUAUUAUAUUUCAUAAUUAUUAUAAUAAAAAUAUAUCAUUCUUGUAAUAUAUAUAAUUUUGUAUAUUAUGUAUUAUAUAUUAUAUAUUUCAAGUAUUUUUAACUAUAUUUCAAAUAUAUUUAAAUUAUAAAUA